AUGGCGCGGAACAACAACCGGUUGAAAUUUCUACUAAACUGCAGAAAAUGUAAACUGGUUCCUAAAUGCUUAGACUACAGAGUGGCGGUUCAAGUUCAAAAUCAAGCUUCAUGGAACGAACUUAAACGUCUUCUACACCGACAGAAAAUCCGGAUGCUGAGCAUAGUGAUAAGUGACACGAAAAGAUCCAUCGAAAAAUUGAAAAAACAAAAGUUUUUCGCAUCGGAUAAAUUAUCUGCACUUCUACACGAACAGGACUGGAGGCAGGUCAAAGCAACGAUUGAGGAAAAGGUUCAGCACGUCUUUGCACAAGGCAGAGCAACCGGAAUCCGAAAAUUCGAAAAUUUAAAAAACAUGAAAGUCAACGAAAUAAAACAACAACCCAACUGGAUAGAAAACACUACGAACACGGAAAUUCCUGACUUUCUUAAAAGAGUUCUUCUCCUGGGGCCGAAUUUUAACAUACAGAGCAAACACAACAUACCGUAUGUUAAAUUUGUUGCCGACGUUGAGAGCGCAAUCGCAAAAAAACCACAAGCAGAAGACAUACGAGCAGAGGUGGCAACAGCUGUUUUAAACCACCUAAAUUACCAACACCAACCGAGAUCGAAAGAAACGGAGUGGAUCAAAAGAGAUAUUGUAAAAAGCCGCGCGUAUCUCAAAACCAACAACGACAUUUACAUCACCAAAGCUGACAAAGGUAACAAAACAGUGAUACUAACGGCUCAAGAAUACCGCCAAAAAAUGUCUUUGCUGGUCUCGGACACUACCACAUACCAACCAAUAAAUAGUGAUCCCACAACAAAAAUACUGAAACAAAUCAACACAAUUGUGGAGCAGUGGCACCGAGACCAACACAUAGAUUAUUUUACCAAGACCAAAUUACAAACCUUUCACUGUCACCCACCAAGAAUCUACGGUUUGCCAAAAAUACACAAACCCGAUCGCCCCCUCCGACCGGUGGUAUCCACAAUCGGAUCGGCAACAUACAGCAUGGCACGAUACCUAACAGGAAUUCUCAACAACAUCGUAGGCAAAACAGAAUAUCACGUAAAGAACAGCUUCGUGUUUGCAGAUGAGAUCUCAAAGGUUGAAAUCCCCGAAGGCUGUGUGAUGUUUUCGCUGGAUGUAGUCUCACUGUACACGAACGUACCAGCAGCGAGUGCGUAUGACUUCAUCGAGGACCAAUGGCACCGAUUGCGUAAAUAUACAACCCUUUCCCUAGCCUCUAUCCAGCAUGCGCUUAGUGUUGUUUUGAAUUCUUCGUUCUUCAAAUACAACAACAACUUUUAUAAACAAAUACACGGGGUACCUAUGGGCUCUUCCAUAUCUGGGUGUAUUGCUUCGAUCUGCAUGGAGAGACUCGAACAAAAAUGCAUCGAUAACUUAAGACAGCAAAAUAUUUUUUUGACUGUCUACAAACGAUAUGUGGAUGACUGUUUUGUUGUUGCAAAAGAAGCUGAGGUUGAUGUGAUUUUUGAUGAAUUCAAUAAAGCUCAUGGAACUCUCAAAUUCACACUUGAGAAAGAAGAACAGCAAACCAUCCGCUUUCUUGAUAUGACACUAACGAGAACAAACAACAAAAUAAAGAAAAAAUGGUUCACGAAACAACCCGACGGGCGAUAUUUGGAUUUUUAUUCCGAAAGCCCAUUCACCCAUAAACAAAAUACGGCUUAUGCGUUAAUCGAUCGAGCCCUAAAACUGUCGGAUGUCGAAACUAGAAACACCAGCAUCAACUCAGUGAAAAAUAUCCUGCAUAAUAAUAACUAUCCACCAGAAAUGGUACACCAAAUAUUGAAAAAAAGGACCCACUCUAUGUACAACACGCUCGAAUCCAGCAGCGUCGUCGAAUCAGCACCCCCGAAGAUGGCAUCCAUCCCAUAUGUUCCUGGCCUGAGCGAGAGAGUGGCAAAAAUACUACGCAAGCAUGAUGUGAUCGCCGCCUUUAAGCCAUGUGAUAAAGUCAAAUCGACCAUAUUCACAAAACUUAAAGAUCCCAUCCCCAAAAUGCAACAAACGAAUGUUGUUUAUUCGAUUCAAUGCUCAUGUGGGAAAGAAUAUGUUGGUCAAACUUCUCAAACCCUGGAGAAAAGAACGAAGCAACAUGAGAAUAACAUCCGUUUAAAGAAUACGCAAACUGGCCUAGCGCAACAUGCGCUUCAAGACGACGCUGAUCACAAAUUUAAUUUUGACAAAACGCGAAUUCUGGAGAGAAUUUGCCACAAAUCCCACCGAUUGAUAGCAGAGAAACUACACAUCAAACUACGGGGAAACCAGGCGGUCAAUCUCCAGAUCGACACCAAAGGAGUAUCCAGUGCAUACAACGGGCUCUGGACUAAACUGCGAGAGGAGAACGAAAGAGAGCGCGUUGAAAAUUUAAAAAAUAAGACGCCCCGACGACAACUAGCAGCAGCAGCAGCAAUAGAUAGACGCCCAGUUAGAGCAGAGAGACGGCCCUAG